UCUUGUUGUUAUUGUGAUCAAUUGAUUUCUAUUCUGAGUUAAAGUCGAUCUGUUUUCCAUUUAAUUUUGUUCCAAUUAACUUGUUUAGAUUCGUUCUUUUUAAAUAUUUAAAAUGCAUGAUAAAGGAAGACGAAACAAUCGAGGUAAUUUCCACCGACACACUGGAGGUUAUCAUAGUUAUCCAAGGCCACCUUUUGAUAUUUACAUGGUGGAAGAUUAUUUUCCUAAGGUAACCCCUUCCAAUGAAAUCGACAGCGCUCUUACUCAGGCAAUUCUCAAACGAAAUGGUGAUCUUACUCCAACACCUGAAGAACAAACCAAUUUAGUUAAUCUUGUUUCCAAGACUCAAAUGGUUCUUGAAAAUUUAGCUCUUUGUCCGGGUACUUUUGAUGCUUGUCAAAUUGAGGAAGUGAGAUGUAUUGGAUCGUUCAAAAAGGGAACAAUGAUAACUGGAAGAAAUUUAGCCGAUCUUGUUGUCAUUCUGAAAACUUUACCCGUUUUAGAAGCAAUUAAAGCUUUAGGUACUAAGGUUAUUGAGGAAUUAAUGAAAAUGGAAUCGGGUGUUAUUGUUCAAUCAGAAGUUGUCGAAGGAGGAUUUGAUGUUGUCAAUAGAUUGAACAAUGCGACUGUAAGAUGUUUGAUUACAACUAUCCCACCGAAUAUGAGAAAAAUUGAUCCAUCAAUUCAUUUGUCGGUGAAAAUGUUACAAAAACACAUGUCAGCGAUUCGACAUGCUCGUUGGUUCGAGGAAUCAGCAAAUCUAACCACAGUUAAGGUUCUGAUUAGAGUUUUGAGAGAUGUUUGCAAUCGAUUUGAUGGGUUUGCUGCUCUUUCUCCUUGGAUGAUUGAUGUUCUAGCUCAUUAUUCUGUAACAUUUAGACAUCAUCAACAAUUAUUACCACUUAAUUGCGCCUUCAAGCGAGUUCUCCAAUUACUUGCAGGAGGCUCGUUCUUACCUGGAUCAACUGGUAUUCCUGAUCCUUGUGAAAAUGGAACGACCUCACUUCAUGCUGGUCUCACUUUGGUUCAACAAGAUUCCAUUUGUAUGACAGCGCAAACUUUACUUCGAAUCCUUUGUUACGGUGAAGGUUACAAAGUCAUUCUCGGUCUUGAACCCGAUGUUUAUGGAAUCACAAACAACAUGUCCGUAUGGGAUUCAGUGGUUGUCGCACCAAGUAACGCAGCCUUUGAAUUGCCCCUUAAAGACGAUGAGACGGAAACCGAAAUGGCAGAAAUACCAAUUGACAUGAAACCCAAAUCAAUCUCUCCCACAUCGGCUUGAAUCAUCUCAUAAUCACAAUCAUACUCAUACUAUUUACAGCAUUUGUAUACAAAAAGUAUUCACAGUCAAUCAAAAUGAAAUCAAACUUGAUUUUUAUCUAAA